GAAGAACUUUUGAUCAAUUUCCAUGAGAUCAUCGGUGAGCAUAGCGGAGCUAAUCUUGCUGAAGCAGUUUGGCAUACCUUGGAGCUAUAUGGACUGAAAAGUCGGGUCAUGGCCAUUGUAUGUGAUAAUGCCUCAAAUAACGAUACUCUACUUCAAGCACUCGGAGAGAAGUGUGCUGAUGAAGGAAUUGACUUCUCCGCUAUGCACUCAUGCAUCCGUUGCUUGCCACACAUUGUCCACUUG